GAAAAUUUGGAAGGCUGCGUCAACGACGCGAAGGCGAUCGAAUCCUUGCUUGUUGAACGCAUGCAAGUGUCAGAUUCCCAUAUUGCUCUUCUCACCAACGAAUUGGCCACUCGUAAGGCGAUCAUUUCCCGAUUUCUAACCCACUUGGUUGAGAACCCUAGAAUUGAACAUGGCGACCCAAUCCUCUUGUUCUAUGCAGGCCGAGGCAGUCGCGCCGUGCCUCCAAGCACUUGGAUGUUCAUGAGCAAUACGGUCGACACCAUAUGUCCCUAUGAUGAAUGGCUCGAAGAUCCUGAAGGUGGAUUCAUCGCCGGGAUACCUGAUCGCACGAUAAAUGCUUUGCUCCGCAAACUAGCAAGGGUCAAAGGGAACAACAUCACCGUGAUCCUUGACUGCUGCCACGCC